AUGUCCCACGCGACCUACUACGAGUGUGAGCCCCGGGGUGGCCAGCAGCCGCUCGAGUUCCCAGGGGCCCGCGCAGGGCCAGGGGUCCUGGGAGACAUGUGCGAGCAGGAGACCUCCAUCGACCUCUCCGCCUACAUCGAAUCUGGGGAAGAGCAGCUCCUCUCCGACCUCUUCGCUGUGAAGCCAGCUCCGGAGGUCCGUGGCCUCAAGGGUCCGGGGACCCCUGCCUUUCCCCACUACCUGCCGCCGGACCCUCGGCCCUUUGCCUACCCUGCACACACCUUCGGCCCCGACAGGAAGGCCUUGGGGCCUGGCAUCUACAGCAGCCCUGGGAGCUACGACCCCAGGGCUGUGGCCGUGAAGGAGGAGCCUCGGGGACCAGAGGGCAGCAGAGGUGCUGGCCGCAGCGGCGGUGGCGGCAGUGGCUAUAACCCCCUGCAAUACCAGGUAGCACACUGUGGGCAGACGGCCAUGCACCUGCCCCCAGCCCUGGCGGCCCCCAGCCAGCCCCUGCGCGUCCUCAAGGCCCCUCUGGCCUCCGGAGGACAACCCUGCAGCCCCCUCCUCAAGGCACCCUCCCCGGCGGGCUCCUCGCACAAGGGCAAGAAAGCCGUGAACAAAGACAGCCUGGAGUACAGGCUGCGGAGGGAGCGCAACAACAUCGCUGUGCGCAAGAGCCGCGACAAGGCCAAGAGGCGCAUCCUGGAGACGCAGCAGAAGGUGCUGGAAUACAUGGCCGAGAACGAGAGCCUUCGCCGGCGCGUGGAGCAGCUCACCCAGGAGCUGGACACGCUGCGCAACCUCUUCCGCCAGAUCCCCGAGGCCGCCAACCUUAUCAAGGGUGUGGGGGACUGCGGCUGA